AUGUCCGACAAAGUCGCCUGCCACGCGCAUCUCUAUGUCUUCGCCGAUCGGUUCAUAAUCAAGCCUCUCAAGGACCUUUGUCUACACAAGCUUCAUCGUGAUCUGAAUUGCCUGAAACUCAAUAAAGAGACUGUUUCUGAGGUUGUUGUGAUGCUGGUCUAUGCGUACAUGAACACGUCCGGCAACGCCGCUACAGAGGUUUGCGAAUCUGGAACAGGGGUUGGGAAAGAACUGCGCGAGCUUGUGUUAGCAUACGCCGUAGAGAAGGUGGACGACCUCGUCAGAUACGCUGCCUUUAAAGACAUGAUGAUCGAUGGGGGCGAACUGGCUGCUGAUAUUACCUGCGCUACGGCCGAGCGGUGGAUCAGUGUCGUUGAGGACUGA